AUGUCUAUCGCUACUUUCGCCAUCAUCGGCGGCUCGGGCUUCUACAAACUUGAUGGCUUCUCCGUUGAAUCUGAGCACAACCCAGAGACGCCCUGGGGCUAUCCAUCCUCACCCAUCACCGUCGCACGCUCCGCUUCAGGCUUUAAAGUGGCCUUCCUGGCAAGACAUGGUGUUGGACAUCGCUACACGCCCUCUGAGGUCCCUGCUCGUGCCAACAUCGCUGCACUCAAGUCCCUGGGUGUCAAGGCCAUUCUUGCCUUUUCAGCAGUCGGUAGUUUACAAGCGCACAUCAAACCGGAAGAUUUUGUCGUUGCUACACAAAUCAUUGAUCGCACCAAGGGUAUUCGGCCUUCAACCUUCUUUGCAGAAGGUGUCGUGGGUCAUUGUGCAUUUGGUGAUCCUUUCGAUCUGGCACUCACGCAACUCGUUGCAGAAUGCACAGAUGCUCUGGAGGGUGACGGCGUCAAGCUGCAUACCCGGGGAACGGAAGGUCAGGAUUUGACGAUCGUUUGUAUGGAAGGUCCACAAUUCUCAACGCGAGCUGAAUCAAACUUAUACCGCAGCUGGGGUGGGAGUGUCAUCAACAUGUCUGUAUUGCCUGAAGCGAAACUUGCACGAGAGGCGGAGAUUGCGUAUAGCAUGAUUUGCAUGGCAACCGACUAUGAUUGCUGGAAGACGGAUGAGCCGCCCGUGACGGUAGAAGCAGUCAUGAAGCAUGUGAACAACAAUACAGCCAACGCAGGUCGUUUGGCAAAGAAGGUGGUGGAACAUGUCGAGCAGGGCUUGCUGGAUGGCAGUGUCGGCAAGGGUCUUGAGGGAAGCAUGAAGUGGGCCGUCAUGACUGCUCCUGAAAAGCGCGAUCCGGCAGUCAUGAAGAAGCUCGAGUACAUUCUGCCAGGCUACUACAACUAA